CACAGGUGCCUGGGUGCACAUUGAGGGGGCCAUAGGAUGUAUUGAAAUGUGCCAAAGGCCACAGUGGGACUCAAGACUGCAGCUGGCACCAGAAAAGGAGAAUUACAAGAAGAACGAAAAAGUGAUGCUGAACUGCACUGAUGGUUUCCAGCCACCCUUCACCAAAAUCAAGUGUUGGAGCCAAGUCCAGUCUAUCAGUCAUGGGAAACCCAUACACAGAGGAGUUUGGCUUAGAAAGGACAGCAGAGGAGUCUGGAUCCCCAUUCAGUCUGGUGUGGGGUGCUUUGAGAUCCUUCAUGUUGACCCCGGGACCUGGGAGAUUUCCAGCACCAGCAUCAAAGUCAGCUGGACCUGUGGGCUCCUUGGUGCCUGCCAGAACAUGCAGGCCAUGUGCCGCCUGGCACAGCCUUCGCCCCCUCACUGUGAGGCUGAGGAGGUGGAGGGAGAGGAAACGCUGCAUGGCCAGGAGGGAACAUUUUCAUGUCCUCUGCUCCAGCCCUUCACUGACUACAAUGUCACCAUCACCCUGCCCCCCAGCACCAUCCUUUUCGCAUGGUUGAUCAGGACAGAGGGAACAGUGCCAGACAGACCAGAGGAGCUGUGGCUGGAUCCCAACACCAAUUCCCUCAGGUGGAAGGCGCUGCCCUCCUGCAAAGGGGAGAUCAUUGCAAUCCAGCUGAACAUCACCAGCUGGAGCGUGCGGGACGGAGGCUACCUGCAGGUGGAGAGGCUGCGCCUGGGCGGCUCUGCCACCGAGCAUCCGCUGCCUCGGCACGGCCCUGGCAGCCGCUACGUGGUGACCCUGCAGGGCGUCACGGACGCCGGAGCUGGGGCUGCGGCCCGCUGGGAGUCUCCGGCCAACAGCUCGGACUCUCCGCAGCCUCUCAACCUCAGCUGCCGCAGCGUCCACGACGUUUCCGCAGCCCAAGGGACAGCCGUGCUGCCCCUCCAGCCCAUCGCCCGACCUCAGGAGGCGAGGGAGAUCCAGCUCCUCGUGGCCGCAACGCACAACAUCUUGGCGCUGGAAGAUGCCUGCUCAGAGGAGCCACAGCCCUUCAAUGCCAGCUGGCAGCCUGGCACCUAUGUGGCCGCCGUGCUCAACCUCACAGCCCCCACUGACUUUGUGCUGGGCGAUGGGACCCACGGGCAAGGUUACCACAACGCUGCCCUCCACCCGGGCUGGGACUACACAGCCCUUCUGCGCCUCGCCCAGCGCUCGCAGCAGGCACAGAAGUUCACCUGCAUCUGCUACAGCUUCUCUGUUGGGCAGGAAUCAGUGCCUCUGCUGAGCAGGAUGCCCAUGGUUAUAGCAUUAGCAGCACUUGUUGCACUCCUGGUACUGGGGAUUUUGCUGAUCUUCAUGUUCUUCAGGCAAAAGCACAACAGCCCAAAAAACAUGGAGAACAGCAGUUCUAUUCCCCUACAAACAAGCCGAGAAGGUGUGUGCAAAAUAAGCACACAGAUCCCAACGGAGGAACUGCUGGAGGCUCUGAAGAGAUUUAAGAGGACAGAAAUAGAAGCAGAGCAGACAGAGGAUGAAUUAGUUGACACAUAUGGCGCUGGGCGUCUGAGAGAGUAUCAGCAACUGUCCUCCACUUUGUUGCAUCCCUGUAAUACUGGGAAUGAGCCGUGUAAUCAGAGCAAGAAUCGCUACAAGAGCGUCAUCCCAUAUGAUCACUGUCGCGUGGUGCUGCAGCCCUCUGACACAGGGAAUGGCUACAUCAAUGCCAGCUAUGUGGAUAGCUACCGGAGCCCACGUUUCUUCAUUGCAGCUCAAGGCCCCUUGCCUGGAACUGUGGUGGACUUCUGGCAGAUGGUUUGGCAGGAGAAGAUCUCAGUCAUAGUGAUGCUGACGGGCUUAGUGGAGCAGAACAAGAACAAGUGUGAACAGUAUUGGCCAGAGCAGGAGCAGGUCUACGGGGACUUUAUCGUGACACUUAACAACACCAAGACCACCACAGGCUUUGUCACACGCAUCUUCUGCCUGCAGAAGGCAGGCUGUGCUCUUCCAAGAGUGGUGGAGCAGUUUCACUACCUGCUGUGGCCAGACCACGGUGUGCCCAGAAACCCUGCUCAGCUCUUGUGGUUAGUGGAGAUGGUGAACAAGAGGGCUUUGGAAGCACCCACUGGACCCGUGGUGGUGCACUGCAGUGCAGGGAUUGGGCGCACAGGUACCUUCAUCGCCCUCGACUUCCUCCUGAAGAUGGCGAGGGCUGAGGGGAAGGUGGAUGUGUUUCACUGCGUGCAGAGGCUGCGGGAACAGCGAGUCAGCAUGGUGCAGACCAAGGAGCAGUAUGCCUUCUUGUACGAGGUGCUGCUUGAAGGGUUGCUCUGUGGCAGCACCGGGAUCCCAGUGGAGAGCAUCACCAGCCAUGUCCGCUGUCUUCGAGAAGCUGAGAUCUCAAGACAUAAUAAUGCCCUGGAGAAGGAGUUCAAGGCCCUGCAGAAGUUUUCUGAGUUGUUCCAGCUCCUGCCAUGCAGAGAGGCAGAAAAACCCAGCAACCAGCCCAAGAACCGCAAGCCAGGGAUCCUGCCAGCGGAUUCCUACCGGCCCAUCCUGAUGUCCUCACUGAACGCGGAUGGAUCACCAGGCUACAUCAACGCCGUCUUUGUCGACACCUACACAGACGAGGACAGACUCAUUAUCACCCAGCUGCCUUUCGCCACCACGACAGUGGAUUUCUGGGCUCUGGUGUGGGAUUACACCUGCACAUCAGUGGUUAUCCUCAACGAGCUCUGGGAGCUGGACAAGACAUAUGUGGAGUUCUGGCCUACCCAGGGUGCAGCUGUCUAUGGCCGUUUCCAUGUCCAUCUGAUCGCAGAGGAGCCUGGAACUGCCUUCACAGCCUGGACACUUGCCCUCACCAAUAGACAGCAGCCCAAGAAGUCUGCAAUAGAGGUCCAGUUGUGGCAGCUGAAGGACUGGCCCAUGCAACAGCCUCUUCCCCCACACUCUGCUACCAUCAUCAGCCUUCUAGGGAAGGUGGAGACACACCACCGGCAGAGCCGAGAUGGGCACAUUCUUGUCACCUGCUGGGACGGUGCCAGUCGGAGUGGGAUCUUCUGUGCUGCUAGCUUCCUUUGUGAGCAGAUCCAAAGUGAGGGGCUGGUGGAUGUAUCUCAGGCUGUGAGGAUGGUGAAGAGGCGGCGGAGACAGAUGAUUAAAGAUGUGGAACAGUAUGGACUCUGCUAUGAACUAGCCAUCAGUUACCUGAAUUCAUUUGAAACCUAUGGGAAUUUCAAGUAAGGCAUGACCACAGCCCAUCUCUGGCCAGACUUUGACUCUCUUGGCAAUCUUCCAUUAGUAACAGUGGAAAUCAGGGAAGUAUACAUAGCCUGAAAAUGCUUUACUCCCCUGAAAAGCCACCCCAAAGAUACUCUGUGGCUGGAGAGCACAGGCUAGACUCUCUCCAAAUUGUAUUCAGGCUUUGAAGUGGGAACCUGACCCUUUACCCAGAAUUUGUGCAGAAAUAUAGCUAGCAUCACAGCCCGAGUGUGCAGACCAGAACAGAGGUACCAGGACUUGUCCUAUAUGUACUGGGGUAAAGAGCUGUCCCAUCCCUUGUCCCCCCAGGUGAACCUGGAGAAAAUAGGGAGGUAGCAACACCAACACCAAGGCUGUGUUUUGCCUGGGCAGCACCAAACCAAUAUAAGAUCCACAGGGUCAGGAGUACAGAGUAUCUGUCCUACUCUGGGAGAAGCAUGAAGCCCAUGGCCAACAAAAACCAAGAAAGGAACAAUCCACAGUCCUGUAGGGCUAGCCUGGUUCUUUCUAUUCCACACAUUCCCUUUCUGGGGCACCGUCUUCCUGAUGCUGAUCCAGAUGCCGAUCCAGCUCUGUCAGCUCCAGAGAGGCAUCCUCAGCAUCCUGUCUGACUCGACCACGGCAAUCCCAGAUUGUGGUGGCAACUUAGAUAUCUUAGAUGUGUUUCCAGCAGGAGCUGCUGCACCACAGGCACUGGUUCUGUCUUUACUACUCAAGAGGAAGGGGGAUCUCAGAGCCUGGACUGAUGCCAUGGUUCUGCCUUUUGUCUCACUAAUAAAAACUCUGU